GACGCCCGCGUGCCCUCAUUUCUCGCGCAUCCUCGCAUCACUCAACAUCCCCAUCUGUAACUUGCCGGCACUCCCCGCCUCGCGUCAGCCCUCCCACACCCCCGCCCCCUGCUGCUGCCCAUGCCUCAGUAGGACUGCACGACAUGGCUUCCUCCGCGCCGUCGACAAACCGUUCAGGAAGACCCCGCAAAUCAUCCACCGCCGCCUCACAUCCCCAUCCCUCAGAAACACCCACCCCCUCAGCAGCAGGAGGUGGCGCAACCAGCAUGCCACCUCCAAGCCAUACCAGCAAUGGACCCAUGUCCGUCAGCGAUUGCGAGUUUCUCGCGUCCCAGCUGCUUGAGCCUUCCUUUCCGACGCGCAAGAAGCUCGAGAUUGCUCUCGAGUUGAGGGAUUCGGCAGAGAACAACAGGGACUUUGGAUUCUAUGACAAGUACCUGUCUGUCUUUGUCCCCGCCUUGAUCAGUAUAUUGGGCGACGAAAAGUCAAUCACGUUUGUGAAAGACAAUGUUGAACAGCGAUUCCGACACACCCUUCUCGCUUUUCUCCAGCGUUUGCCCCACACGGAACCAUUCCGCCAUCACAUGAGUUCGGUCAUGGAACUGUGUGUCAAGCUACUCAAAAUCGAAAAUGAAGAGAACGCUUUGCUCUGUAUCAAAAUUAUGAUUGACGGGCUCAGAAGCAACAAGGACCAGAUGGAGCCUUAUACCGAGCCCUUCCUUGAUCUGGUCAAGCAAAUGUAUGCCAACAUCAAGGCUGUAGUCGAGAAGGAAUUUGGUACCUCGGGCAGCGGACCCAAGGCCUCGGCUGCCCAGGGCGAAGCGGCCGCCAAUGGGCAAUCCCACACCACCCUCCCCCACGCUCUCCACUCCCCCAAGGUCCUCACCGAAUGCCCCAUCGCUGUCGUCCUCAUCUUCCAGACCUACAAGUCCAUCAUGCAAACAGCGAUGCUCGACUUUUAUCCCCUCGUCAUCGACAGCAUCAAAAUACAGCCCGAGCCUCAAAGGCUGGCUCAUCAGGAGGCUAGCGAGAAGGGAGAGAUUUUUGUGGGUGUCGCGAGUGGAAUCACAAACAGAGAGAUGUUUGCAGAGCUGGUCAAGGCGCAGGUCAAGACGAUGGCCUUUCUGGCGUACGUUCUUAGAGGCAAUCAGGGGAACAACAGAGACUAUGUCAAUGUCUUCCCUGAGGCCUGUGCCAGGCUUCUGAGGGACUGCCCACCGGAGGAUGUGAUCACAAGAAAAGAGUUGUUGGUCGCUACUCGGCAUAUCCUGACGGUCGACUCUCGAUCGUCAUUCAUUCCCUACAUCGACAUUCUCCUUGAAGAAAGAGUUUUGGUCGGUACUGGUGUAUCAAGCAGAGAGAUGCUCAGACCUCUGGCGUACUCGGUAGUGGCCGAUCUCAUCCACCACGUACGAAACGAGCUUCCACUUCAACAACUGAUCCGCGUGGUCUACGUCUUCUCCUGUAAUCUCAACGACUCUACCUUUUCCAGCUCCAUCCAGACCAUGUGCGCCAAACUCCUCAACACUAUCAUAGAUUCCAUCUACCACAAGGCCGACACGAACGAAAUGUCUAGGAUCCUGAAGGGCAUGUUCUUCACGUUCCUCGAGAAACUCUCCGCCAUGUCGGAUGCGCACGAGAGACUGAAGGGACUGUCAGUGAGAGAGAAGGAGAAGGGAAAGUUGAAGGAAAAGACAGAGGAUGAAGACGUGGAAGUUACGGAUGCGUCAGAGGCAUCAGCGGAUAGGUUGGCUCACGGAUGGAGGGAUAUCGAGCAGGCUAUGCCGGUGCACUCUGUUGCAUACGCAAACGAAUCCGUUGAAACAUUCUGUCGAGAUUCUCGGUAUCUUUUCAAGACCAUUCUACACACCUUCCGCACCCUUCUCUCCUACACUCGGCAAGGCGACAACCCUCCACCUCAACCCGAUGGAGAAGUCCUUAGCCGCUUUUUCGAGUGCAGUCUCAAGUGUUUUGCUAUCUUUGACGGCAUCAACCGCGACCCGAGAGAGGCGAAAGAAGCUCUGGAGAUGUUGUCUGAAAUCAUCCUGCUAUUCGAGCCGCAUGUGUUUGCCGAGGUGUGGAGCAGCCACAUGGAGUUUUUCAGCGAGCUCUCAAUCUCCAACAGUCAGGUGUUCUCCUUGCUUCAAAUGGUCAUCACCCAUGAGGCAGUGUCCCACCAACUGGUGUCGAUCCUUCUCAAAUACUUGAUGGCCAAGUUGCCCAAGGUCGGUAGCAUGGACAAGGCGAACGCCAGUUUAACCCUCAAGAUGUUCAAAAUUGCUUUCUUGGCCAUCAACACUUAUAUCAACAGCAACGAGAGUGUCUUGGUGCCCCAUUUGCAAAAGCUCAUCAUGAGCUCGUUCGAAUCGGCGGCCAAGGCGGAAGACUCUUCGUUCUACUACCAAAUUCUCCGCGCGUUGUUCAGGUCGAUUGGCGGUGGUCGCUUCGAGGCUCUCUACAAAGAGGUCCUUCCAAUUCUCCAAGAAAUGCUCGACCAUCUUGCCUAUCUGCUCGACCACCCUCCCGAUGAGGUUCAGUCCGACAUAUUUGUCGAGCUCAUGCUGACUGUUCCUGUCCGUCUCACCAACCUCCUCCCGCAUCUCAGCUACCUCAUGAAGCCUCUUGUGCGAGCCCUCAGCGCGGGACCCGACCUGGUCAGCCAAGGGUUGAGGACUCUGGAACUGUGUAUCGACAACCUUACUGCCGACUUCCUCGACCCGACACUCCUGCCAGUCCUCCGAGAUUUGAUGGCUGCUUUACACCAGCUGCUCAAGCCUGUACCGGCCAACCGGGAACACGCAAAUGCCGCUUUGAAGAUCCUCGGAAAGCUCGGCGGCAGGAAUAGGAGAUUCCAGGAGGUCUACGACAACCUCGAGUACCAGCUUUUGUCUGACAAGAUUACAAUGCCCAUCACGUUUGAGGGCUCGCACCAUCAAUUGGAGUUGAUGUCUCUUGUUCAGACCGCUGGGAUGGCGAUUGAUGAUGAUGCGGAGAUGUUGAAGGAGGAUGGGUUGCAGGUGUUGAUGUACUCGGCUCUGACUGUCUUUGAAAAGGGAGCACCGGUCGCUGAAGGCAAUGCCACAUUCCUGACUACCAUGACAAAGCUAUUCAUUGCCUGCGACAAGCCAGUCGUCGGUGAAAAGGCUUCCGCAUUUGUGCGCGAUGUCUGCAUGAGAGCUUUCGCCCUUGAACUUGGUAGAGCAGACCAAAAGGCAGAUGGUGCCGAGCCUACUGCAAAAUCUGCUCUCGACCACACUCGUCGGCGAUUCCUGCCUCUUACAAACGCUCUGUCGGAUGCUUUCCUCGAGACCCUCGCCAAUUCCAAGACGUCAGAGCGCAAGGGACUCAGUGACCUCCUUGCUACCAUUGUCAUGGUCUUCAAGGAUCUGGCUUUGAGUCCUCGAUUCGCAUCAGUCGUUGACGGACACCGCUCUUUCGACCGUAUGGUGACUUUCUUUGCACUCCGCCUGAUUACGCUUUGUCACGAAGAGGCCUGGAAUAAAAAGAUGGCCGGUGUUGCUGCGAUCUCGACUUUUGCUCAUAAGAUCGAGCUUAGCCGGAAGAACAUCAUUGACCUCGAGCUCGACUUUAUCAGAGCCUUGCUGUUCUGUCUCCGUGAUGCUCCCCAGGACGUCCCAAGGACGGCAGAUGAUGUUGUUGAGCUCAUCAAGCACCUCAUCCGUACCUGUCAAUCUCAAGAAGACGGCAAACCUCGGCUUGCAAGAAUCACAGACACUCUGGUCGGGGAGCUCUACAGUCAGAGUGAGCUCGCUCGGGACGCUGCGCAUCAGUGUAUCGAGGUCCUUGCCGAGGUGACUUCGCAGUCAGUACCCGACCUCAUCACCAACAUUGCAAAGGCAAAGCUGCUGAGCGUCGAACAUGGCCCUAUCUACUCCAAACCGCUCCGAGCCUUGCCGUUCGCGAUGCAGGUUGGCAACAUCAGUGCGGUGACGUAUCUGAUGAACUUGCGGCCUUCAGCUGUGGAGGCAACCUCUGAGGAGUUUGUGCGGCUACUGCACGAAGUCUUGGCUCUGGCGGAUAUCGAUGAUGCCAAUAUCAUAACCAAGCCAGCGACGCACAAACAAGAGUCGUGGCUCAAAGCUUUGCGUAUAUGCUGCCUUAGGUUGCUAAAGUCAUCUAUGGCUACUCCAGACUUUAUGAAUAAGCCAAACCAGGGACAGCUGCGCGCGAGAAUCAUCCAAGUGUAUUUCAAGCACGUCUACUCGCAAAACCCCGAGAUCGUUGCAGUCGCGCACGAAGGCCUUCGAGACGUACUGCAACAAGAGAACCGACUUUCGCGCGAUGUGCUUCAAAAGGGCUUGCGGCCUAUCUUGGUCAACCUUGCCGAUGCCAAGCGCUUGAGCGUAUCGGGCCUCGAUGGUCUCGCUCGUUUCCUUGAAUUGUUGACAAACUACUUCAAGGUCGAGAUCGGAGUCAAACUUCUAGACCAUUUCAAGACCCUCGGAGAUCAUCAGAUGCUCUCCAAAGCGGCCUUUGCUCCACUUGAAGACAAUCACAACAUUGCGCGCAUGUCUCGCUUGGUCAACAUCUUCCGACUUCUACCUGCCAGUGCCAUACAAUACUUGAACGAUCUCGUCGCCAACGUUGUCGAGGUGGAAACCAUCUUGCACCAAUCGCAGCCUGGUCCUUUCACCGAGUAUCUCGGUCGAUAUCUGGACAGAUAUCAUGCGAAUGCUGUCCAGAACUUGUUCGACAACGUUCGCAACCCUCGUUAUGUGUGGACAUAUCGUAACAUCAUAACUUCAGGCGAAGCUCCUCAUUUGGUGGAGGAAUUGGCGAAUCGUGCAGAGAAUCUUUGUCAACUUUGCUUUAGUGACACGGAAGCUAUAGACCUGGUACUCCCAGGUCUUCUUCUGGUCAGAGACCUGUCGCGAGUGCAAUCGAGCUGGCUGUCGGACGCGGAGCCCGUCCUGGAGCCGAUGGUCGGCGUCUGGCGUAUGAUCGUCAGCAAGUCCCGUGAUUCCAAGGCAGACACCACCAGCUACCACUUCCAGCAAAUGCCUUCGCUUCUCCUCGAAAUGUUCAUGAGCAGCCUCGAGCAGCAACAGCACAUCCCUCUUCUCUUCCACGUUGUCGAAGCGUACGAAGUCCGUGCAGCCUUCGAAAGGUCCCACGUGACAUUCUUCCUCUACCAACAAGUUGCUCUGCAAGAGUCGGUCGACUACCGCCGAGAAGUCAUCGAGUACUUCUUCAACUUGUAUGAGUCUGAAGACGUUCCAUGGGCAUACAAAACGAACGCUUUGAGAGUGAUCGUCAACCCGACUCUUCGUGUCCACUUUGCCGACCCGAACCACGACCAAUCGUUGAUCUCUCCUCAAUUGGUACAAAAGAUCGCAAGUCUGAUGUGGCGCCCUCUCGCUGUGAUUACAUCAUCCAAACAGAGGGAGGACACUCAUCUAAUUGAGGUCUUUGCGUUGACCACUCUUCUGGUUCAGCACUGCAGUUCUAAAGUGAACGAGGCAAGAAAGGAGAUCUUCAAACUGGCAUGGAUGGGCAUCAAUUUGUUGGAGCCGACGGUGAAGCUCAUGGCGUAUGUACUGGCGGCAAGGUUCAUGGCGACAUACGACACCCCUGUCAAAUUCGUGCGUCUCACGUGGACAGGUGUUCUGCGCCUCAAAGACACCGAUAAUCGUGUCCUCUACCGCCAGGCCAUAGACACGCUAGCUUCGUCCCUCUCAAUGAGAGACCCGCCCCCAGCUAGUGGUACACCAGAGUGGGCAAAGCUGCUGCGCACCGUUCUCAUCGAGGAGGGUCACGCCACCAACCAAUUGGUGACCGUCUGCGAAUUGUUGGUUCACCAUCCCGACCUGUUCUUCGACUACAGAGAGCUGUAUGUCCCCCACAUCGCCAACUCCCUCGGAAAGCUAGCGUUCGCCCAAGCAGCUACACCUGAGCUGAAAAAAUUGACCGUCGACAUUGUGGAGUUGAUAUUCAAUUGGGAGAAGCGUCGAAUGGCUGCGAAGGAAAGUGAUGCAGCCGAAGCCGAAGAAGGAUCCAAGCGCGGCGCCGAUCCUUCGUCGGAUCAAGGCACGUCCAAGAAACAGAGGAUAGAUAGAGCAGGCACGGCCAUCUCUGUCAGUAGUGGUGGAGGGUGGGCCGCGCCGAGUCAAGUCAGAGAACUCAUGACAGCGCAUCUCCUUCGACUAGUUUCGACUUCCGCGGAUCCCGUCACUCGAAAUGGAUUGACAAAGAGAGCUUUGAUGUUGUUCAAGGAGAUAUUGGGACCAAGAGGGCUUCCCAACGUGCACGUGAAACUUGGAUUCUUCCACAGGACGAUGAUCCAGGAAAUCAACGCGACUACGAGACCGCUUGUCGCCAAUUCAACAGAAGUCAUCGCUGCUGUAGCCGCUGCUGUCAAAGACACGCAAUGGGUCAAGGCCAACCUCAGUCUACUGUCGAAACUCCUAGAGAAAGUCUGGGUUUCUCACGAAGUGGACCUGCACGAAGUGGUCACUCCAUUGACGGAAGACCUAUUUGCUGAGAUGCCUGCGGAUGAGACAGUUGAGGCUGAGCCGGACGCGAAAGCCUUGUUGACAUUCGUACAGAAUGCUGUCAAUGACGGCUUGGCUGCCAGUCUUCGCUCAACUCUGUCCCUACCCGGAUCCCUGUUCCUGCUUCGCACCUGGCUGAAAACCCACCCAAAGACACUCCAGUCCGAGGGCAUCAGCAUCGCACUUUUGAAGGUGCUAGGCAAUACGAUCAAGCUGCACACAACUACCAAUCAAGCUGCUGGUGCCGCCAAUGAGCCUGACCUCGUUAGGCUCAUCAUAUCUAUCCUAGACAUUCUUCGAGAUCGAGUCCCUGACUUGCGAGAGCACCGCAAAACCCUCUACCUGGGCGUCACCUCCUUGAUCGAUAAAUCAGCGAAUCUCACUCUUUGUCGGUAUCUUCUGCAGCUCAUGCGUCACUGGAUCAUCGAGGGUCCUGAUGCGGCAGUUCAUGGCAAAGAAAAAGCGUCCAUCCUACUCCGCAUGAUGAACUUCGAGAACAAGAAUGACGUACUCUUCCAAGAGUAUCUGGACGUUGUAUACGACAUCUAUGAGCAAGACGAGCUCCGAGGUUCAGACAUCACCCAUCGCCUCGAACCCGCAUUCCUGCUGGGCACAAGGUCUCGAAAGCCCGAGCAACGUGCCAAAUUCCUUGACAAGCUGGAGAACAAUUUGCCACGAUCUCUGGAACAGAGGCUUCAGUAUUUGUGCUCCUUGCAGAAUUGGGACACGCUCUCCGAUGGUUAUUGGAUCCCUCAAAUCCUGAGCCAGUUGCUUGGAAUUGUGGACGUCGACGAGGCUCUGAUUCAAGUUCCAUUUACCCAAGUUCUUGAUUCCGACUCCGUGCUUGAUUUGUCAGAGACUGCCACCGUGGGGCAUAUCAUCCGCCCCGCCAGGAACCUCAUACAUAUCGACCCCAAGCUUUCUCAUGACCUUUGGGUCGGGAUCUUUUCGAUGUGCUGGGAGUCUCUAAGCCGAUCUCAGCAAAUGACUUUUACACCCUACCUUAUCAAACUUCUGUCAAAGUCCCACCUUCAGAAGCAAACCGACAUGCGCCCCAAUGUUGUCCAAACUUUCCUCGACAGUUUGGCUGCGUGUACCGUCCCUGUCACACUCCCUCCUACUCUGAUCAGAUUCCUAGCCAAGAACUUCAACGCCUGGUAUGUUGGGUUCGAGCUCCUCACUCGCCUGACUGAUGUCUACCGCGGGGACGAUGGCUUGAGAGAGACAUGUGCUAGCUGCUUGAGUGAACUCUAUGCUGAGCUUUGCGAGGAAGACAUGUACUACGGCGUUGCCCGGAGCCGUUGCCAGUUCCCGGAAACGACGGGCGCGCUGACUUUCGAGCAAAACGGCAUGUGGCCAAAAGCCGUGGAGCUUUACGAACAGGCGCAAAUAAAGGCACGCAACAACAUGCUUCCGUUUAGCGAAGGUGAAUAUUGUCUUUGGGAAGAUCAUUGGAUUCUGUCCGCACAAAAGCUGCAGAACUGGGAAAAUUUGACCGAGCUGGCGCGGAUCGACAAUGACUCGGAUUUGUUGUUGGAGUGCGCUUGGCGAUUGUCGGAUUGGGCCUCCAGUGACCGUCUGGCCAUUGACGAAAACCUUUCGAGGGUUGUUGACCAUCCCACCCCUCGUCGCAAGACAUUCGAGGCUUUCCUAGCUCUCUUGAAGGCUCAAAACAACCGCGACCCCCCCAACGAGUUCCUACGCGUACUCGACGAGGCUCAGCAAAUCACUUUGCGUAAAUGGAUCAGUCUGCCUGCUCAUAUGACCAGUGCCCAUCUCCCUCUGCUCCAAAUGUGUCAACAAUGUGUGGAGCUGGGUGAGGCAGCUCGAGUGUUUGAUAGUCUACAAAUGACCAAUCAGACCAAUCUGGAGUUGCGCUGCAACAGCGACCUGAAGCCCAUCUUCCAGACGUGGCGAGAUCGCCUGCCCAACUUCUGGGAUGAUAUAAGUGUCUGGAGCGAUCUUCUGGCUUGGCGACAGCACAUCUUCCAAGCUGUCACCAAGGUUUAUCACCCACUCGUCGCGCAGCCCGACAAUGCUACGUAUGGCUACAGGGGCUUCCACGAGACCGCUUGGAUGAUCAAUCGCUUUGGAGAAGUUGCGCGACGCCACGGACUUCUCGAUGUCUGCAGCGUGUCUCUCAACAAGAUCUACAUGCUUCCCAACAUCGAGAUCUCUGAAGCGUUCUUGAAACUCCGAGAACAAGCUUUGUGUUUCUUCCAGAAACCUGAAAAGUUCAACGAAGGUUUGGAGAACAUCAGCACCACCAAUCUCAAAUUCUUUGGUCAACCCCAACGCGCAGAAUUCCUCACAUUCAAGGGGAUGUUCAUCGCCCGGUUGGGUCAGAAUGAAGAGGCCAAUGCUGAGUUCGCUCAUGCUAUCCAAACAGACUGGAACCUCCCGAAAGCUUGGGCCGAAUGGGGACGUUUCAAUGACAAGCUGUACAAAGAUCGUCCAGAGGUCCCUACCACUGGUCCUCCAGAUGGCGAACCCGGCAAACCGAAGAUGACAGACGCCCAGUGGCAGGAAUCUUAUUCCCAAGAUAGAUCUGUCCUUGCUUCGAGUGCUGUCUCCUGCUAUCUACAAGCUGCCGGCCUCUACAACAAUCACAAAUCUCGAGGGCUCUUGCUGAGGGUGUUGUGGUUGCUCGGUCUUGAUGAUAGCCACAGCACGAUUUCCAAGGCGUUCGAGAACUACAAAGGAGAUUUGGUCAUAUGGUAUUGGAUCACUCUCAUCCCUCAGUUGAUCAUGUCUCUGUCUCAUCGAGAGGCUACGCACGCAAGGUUGAUAUUGAUUCGUAUUGCCAAGGCCUUCCCUCAGGCAUUAUUCUUCCCUUUGCGAGUUUCACGAGAGGACUUCGUCACCGUCAAAAAGCAACAGCAGCUCCAUCAAAAGUACGUGGCCGCUCGGCAGGCUAAGGCCGCCACGGCAAACGCUGCCGAUGGUUCCCAGACUGCUGAGAAGGACGUCAAGGAAGAACCCGCGGCCAGCGGUGCCGAUGCAAACGGCAGUCAACCACCUGCCUCCGGGUCCAUGCCGCCACCGUCGCAAUCACAAUCUCAAGCCCCUCGACAGCCUUGGGACCUUGUGGACGAGAUCAUGAACCUGCUCAAGACAGCUUUCCCUUUGUUGGCUCUUACGAUGGAAAAGAUGGUCGACCAGAUUUCGGUGCGAGCAAAGCCUGCUUCCGAUGAAGACAUUUAUCGAUUCUUCUCGGCGCUAUUGGCGGAUGCCAUGCAGCAAUGGGGCGCAAGGAGCGGACUUCACAAUGAUGAUGGUGAACUGAAUGCUCAAACCAAGGACAAUCUUGCCAAGUUUGCAACGAAUCUGAACGGGGAUCUGAAGGUCAUGAUCGAGAAAGACUUUAUGGCCGACAUGCCAAAGUUGCGCGAGUAUAUCAGACGCCUCCAGAGGUGGCGAGAUGUUUAUGAGGGAAAUCUCGACGACCGAUCGAAGACGUUGCCUUUGGAUCAAGGUGGUUGUACCCUUAUUGAGUUUAACCACUCUAAGUUCGAUGACGUCGAAAUUCCCGGGCAAUAUGUAAAGCACGUUGAUCAGAGUGAGGAGUUCAUCAAGAUCUCUCGUUUCGCCCCCAAGGCGGAGCUCGGUCGAGGACACGGAUAUUGCUUCCGCCGUAUCACCAUGAUUGGCAACAAUGGGCACUCGUACACAUUCCAUGUGCAGAUGCCUGCGGCCCGACACUGUCGUCGAGAGGAGCGUUUGACCCAGUUGUUCCGAAUCAUGAACAGUGUCUUGUGGAAACGAAAGGAAUCUCGUCGUCGAGGUCUUCAAAUCCAUCUUCCCACUGCCACUCCCCUUGCCCCUCAACUGCGACUCGUGCAAUCCGACUCCUCCUAUGUCAGCAUGCAGGAGAUAUUCGAGGAUUAUGCGGCAUCGAAGAAGAUGGCCAGAGAGGAAACGGUAUUGACCUAUUACGAUAGGCUCAAGGAGCUUCACGACCCUUCCAUUCCCAGAAACGACCACAGGUAUAUCCAGCUCAGAGCCGAAUUGAUGGAGGAGAUUCGAGUAAAAAUGGUACCAGAGACAAUCAUCACCAAUUACAUGAUGAAAUCCAUGAAUGGCCCCGAUAAUCUUUGGCUUAUGCGAAAGCAAUUCGCUGCUCAGACCGCAGCCACAAUGUUCCUCACAUACGUGUGCUGCCUGAGCAAUAGAACGCCAUCUCGCUUCUAUGUCAGCCGCAAGACUGGUUUGAUGUACAUGUCGGAGAUCUUGCCUGCCUUUGCCCCUGGACAACCGCUCAUCAGCUCUUCGGAGAGCGUACCAUUCCGACUGACGCCCAACAUGCAAAACUUUGUGACCCGUGCCGGUGUCGAAGGUAUCAUCACGGGAACCUGUACUGCGAUGGCAAGAUGCCUCACUUCGCCAGAGUUCGAUCUAUCUGGCACUCUCUGUCUGUUCAUCAGAGACGAGCUUCUGAUCUGGCACAACACCUAUUUGAAGGACUCUCGUCUCGACAAGCCCUUGCUUGGUCACGUGUACAGGAAUGUAGACUCUUUCAUCCGAAGAGUUAGCACCAUGGGUUAUAUCGGCGAAAAUCGUGAUAGAUCUACGAGCGCACCCCCUGUGGUACAUGCCAUCGUGUCUCUUAUAUCUCAAGCCACGUCAGCAAUUAACCUUGCUCAAAUGGGAGAGAUUUAUAUGCCGUGGUAUUAAGCUCAGAUUGAAAUGAGGGAGGCACCAUUAAGCUUUGUGUGAUGAAUUGAUGAGAGGCGGUAUGAAGGUCGGUGGGUCGAUAGAGACAAUUUUUGUCUAUUGUUUUUCGUCCUUUUUAGCAGUAAUCAAAAGUAGUACGCGGUAUAUACAGUCUUGUUGUAAUUUGAUAUUUCAUAGCUUCCGAGGAUUCCAAUGCA